AUGGAUAGUUACCAAACACAUUUACCUCCGGGUUUUCGUUUCCACCCAACCGAUGAAGAGCUCAUUACAUGCUACCUGUUGAAGAAAGUUCUUGAUAGUGGUUUUACUGGUAGAGCCAUAGCUGAGGUUGACCUCAACAAGUGUGAGCCUUGGGAACUUCCUGAGAAGGCGAAAAUGGGAGAGAGAGAGUGGUACUUUUUUUGCUUAAGGGACAGGAAGUACCCAACUGGGUUGAGAACUAACCGAGCAACUGAAGCUGGAUACUGGAAAGCUACUGGGAAAGAUCGGGAGAUUUAUAGUUCAAAGACUUGUGCACUCGUUGGGAUGAAGAAGACACUGGUUUUUUAUAGGGGAAGAGCUCCUAAAGGAGAGAAAAGCAACUGGGUCAUGCAUGAAUAUCGCCUGGAAGGCAAAUUUGCUUACCAUUACCUCUGUACAAGCUCCAAGGAUGAAUGGGUGAUAUCCAGGGUCUUUCAGAAGAGUGGCACUGGCAAUGGAGGCGGAGGAGCCAAGAGAACCACCAUGAACGCCGCCCCCAUGCUGCUCUACCAAGAACCAAGCUCUCCUUCCUCGGUCUCCCUUCCACCGCUCCUGGAUCCCACGGCUGCAACCGGCGGCGUUUCCCUCACUGACCGCGACAUCUGCUCUUACGACAGCCACAACCAAACCGAGCACGUGUCCUGUUUCUCCACCAAUGCUGCCACCCUUCCCACCUGCCACGGCGGAUUCAACCUUGCCUUGCCACCACCGGUACCUCCUCCACUCCAAAUGUUCAACAACAGCUUCGAUUCCAUUUCAAGGUAUGCAAGAAACGAGGGUGUUCCAGUGUUUCCAAGCCUGAGGUCGCUUGAGGAGAAUCCGCAGCUCUCUUUCUUCCUCUACCAACCGGCGGCGCAACCACUUCGCGGUGGCUCGUCUGUCAAUUGGGGGGCCGUAUCUGAGGAAGGCAACACUGGCUCUGUUGCUGAUGGCAAGAUGUCCCAAACUGAGCUUGAUUGCAUGUGGACUUGCUAAUUAGACUUAGGAACUUACCAUUUAUGGUCUUGAAAUGACUGCUAAUUAAUGUUAUUGCCCUACCUAGAUUUUAUUUUCAUGACUGUACCAUCGUGCAUUAUUAGUUUCUAUCCUUAAUUAAUCUU